AAAGCAUCGCGGAGAAGCGAGAGUGUGGACCCUAAAGGCGGAGAGGACGAGAAGCGCAAACAGUUCCUGGAGCGCAACCGGAUAGCGGCGCUAAAGUGCCGGCAGCGCAAGAAGCAGCAGCUAAACGAGCUGCAGCAGCGACACGACUACAUGGUCUACGAGAACGAGCGGUUGAAGAACGAGUACCUGCAGCUGCGCGAUAAGGCGCUGCACAUUAAGACGCUGCUGGAGGCACACCGGGAAUGCGCGGUCGCGCAGGCCAACGGCGUGUUUGGGAUUGACAGUUUACCACCCGGGACACCCAACAUUUCA